AUGGAGCUGGCCGCACCGAAGGCGGUUCCUCGAGUUCACGCACUCGAUGCUUCGGUGCAUGCCUGCAGUUCAAAGGCAACUGCUUCCGCGACAUCCACAUGCUGUGCGAGUCAGUCCCGUCCCCAACAUAGUCUGUUUCCUGCUGACACUUUGUCCAUGACUCCUUCAGAGGCGGCAAAGGGGCAGAAUGGGCUGUAUGACCUAGCUCAGAAAUUGAGCGAAAAAGAUCCGCCAACCCAGGAGUUGCUGGCACUUCUACCACCACUGCCUGAGCCGAACAGAUGGGAGAUGCGAUCAGAAUCGGCAUGUGGAUGUGGGCUAGUGUUGGGAUUGAUAGCAGUUCUGGUCACUGCGACGCGUCACAUGACUGCCAAAAUCGCUGGCCACGUGAACGAGGCGGUGCGGUCAACUUUGUUCUAUGCUAUCCAUGUGGAGGCUAUCUUGGCUCUGAUGUGCCUGCUUGGGUUGAUGUGGGGCGAUGGAGGUGUCGUCCAGCGAUCGCGAAGAACGUGCUUUCCUGUUCCGCCGGCUGUACUGGCAGCCUUGCAGGCCGGAAGCUCUCUGGAUCACUUCCAGAACAUUAUUGAAGGAGACAGCAGCUACUGCGUGCGAUGCUGCGUGUGGCGGCGAACGACAGAGGGCAAGCCCACAAGCUCCUGCAGACGUGUUUUCCUCUGCGAUACAGGCUCAGAGUACAACUUUCACCACUGUUCCGUUUGUCAGCGCUGCGUAUCCAACUUUGAUCAUCAUUGCGGUGUAUUUGGACGUUGCAUUGCUGGAGUAGGACUAACAGGAAACAUGGGCUUCUUCACUGGCAUUAUUCUACUUGGCUUGGCAGGGGGCUUCACCUGCUUUGCCAGUGUUUUUCUCGGUCUCAUCUACCAGGAGGAUGGCUUUCUACUUUCAGUCAUCUUGAUGGCCUAUUUCACGCCGAUGUUUCUAGGAUGCUGCGUUUUUCUGUGCAGCAUGCUGUGGCCAGAGCGUGGCUGCAGCCACCACUGUCCGAAAAGGGAUUAUGUCAAAGUGCUCCAGGUGAAUGCCGGUGCCGCCACUACUAUUGGCUCAUCAGCAGACCUCGAGAUGAGGGAUGUGCGUGAUGUGAAAGUCUGUCAGCUGGAGGAUGAGGUCUUGCAGCUUCGAGAAGAGCGAGAUGUGCUGACUGCUGAAAAUGGCGUCAUCUCUGAACACAUCCACACUUUGCAGAAGGAAAACAGCCUUCUGCACACAAGUGGCCUGUCUUCUAGUGCGGAAAACACGCGCUUGAUGCAGGCCCACGAGGGUGUCACCGGCGAGGCGACAUCCCUCCGGCAAGAGCUCAAGGCUGUUUUGGAGGAACGAGCUCUCCUUCGCUCUUCUAUAGAUGCAUUGAAGGCUGGCAAUGCCCAGCUUCAACACUCCGUCCGAGGCUUAGAAACAUCACUGGCCGCAGUUCGGGGAGACCUCGAACAACGAAUCAACACACAGGGUGCAAUGGAGGAGCACAUUGCUAGUCUUCGAAAGCAGCUGGAGUCGGUGCUGGCAGAGAAGGUCAAGGCCGAGGGACUUAUCAGUAGCCAGCACGUGGAGAUCCUCAGCUUACACAAGCUUCGCGAUGAGUUCCUUGCAGAGAAGGCUACUGGCCAAGCUCUAGUCCAGAAGUUGGAGGCAAGCGAGGCUGAGCUUUCUCGCUCCAAGAAGGACAAAGCGGCGCUUGAUCAACUAGUCAGCUCGUUGCAUGUGGACUGUGCGAAGAUGCAGACACAACGAGAUUCUGCAAUGGCCGAGGUGCCGCACUUGAAGUCCUCGAUUCAGCAGCAGGAUGUCCUGAUGAAGGACUUGGAAAGCCAGGUGACUGCUCUCCAGCAGCAGUUGCAGAGCAGCAAAGAUACCAGUGGAAGGGUAGAUCAGCAGGCCAAGCAUCUUGCAUUCGCCCUGGAAAGAUCGCGGGAAGAUGGAGCUCGUCACGAGCAGGCAGCACUUGCCCUUCGUGUGGAACGAACGCGAUUGCUCGAGGCCUUGGAAAGACUGCGGCGUGGGAAGGCGGAAAGCGAUCUGCGAGCCUCAGCAUCAGCUAACGAACAUGGGCUGUUGCAGGCUCAUGUCGAACAUAUCAGCUCCGAUCGCGAGCAGAUGCAAGUUCAGCUUCACCAAGCCACAUCGGAGGCCUCAGCCAUCAGGAGCCGAUUGGCCGGCCUUGAGCAGAUGGUGCAGGCUUAUGCAGACAAGUGCGCGGCCUUGCAGCAAGAGGUUUCCUCCUUACAAGACGACAAGGCCGAGCUUCAGGAGAAACUUGAGGCGGCACCGCGUGCAGCACGAAGCCCUGAGAGAAGUGCAAUGAUUCAGCCGUGGCCUCAUGCUUCCAGUGAUGAGUGUAAAGGUUUCCGCCUUCGAGACAAUGGUCUGUUGCCAGCAAUGGUCUGUUUCCAGUUUGCAGCUACGAUGAGUGGUAGCUCCAAUCACUGUUUCCUCGAACAGCAACAGGGGCAACGGAUGCAUGUCACUGAAAGUGUUGGGCUCAUCAGUAAGAUUUGUAGCAUGAGUAGGCCCGGGACCUUUCAUCAGGCCUAG